AUGCGGACCAAUCAUGAUUGUACAAGUUUAUGGUAUAUGCCUCCAGAAACCGAUCGUGAGAAGAAACCUUUCAAUUUCGGUGCAUCUACAGGCGGCAUCCUACAGGAAUAUGGAUACAGGGUGGCUGAAUUUUUACUACACUCAAGGAAAACUGAGGUAGAAGUUGAAUUUGUUAAAGUCAAAAAGAGUGCUUUGGAGAGGUUGAUAACUGAAGUAAUGCAGUUGCACGACAUUCUACCUAAGAUAUUGAAUAGUGAUAUCUUAGAAAGCCUUCAGAAACUGGAUGCCUUUGAAACAAUUGUAGAAAAGAAAGCUAAUGAACUGGAACAAUUGAGAAUGGAUUGUGAACAUUAUAAAGUUCGCUUGGAAGCAGCCCAGGCAGACUGUGUAAGAGAAAGAAAGGAAAAAUUAAAUAUUCAACAACAGCUAAGUGAUGCAAAGCAACAAUUAUUACAACAAGCUGAAUAUUGUACAGAAAUGGGUGCUGCAGUAUGCACAUUACUGUGGAGUGUUUCUAAUAAUGAAGAAGCAGUUAAAAAUAUUCUAGGAAGUUUGGAAUUAACACUAGUCAAACGUGAGAUAUUUGCCAAAGACAUUUGGAGCCCACAUUAUG